UGCUGUUCAGCGGUGAUUCGGUCUAUCCAUUCUAAAUAAGAUUCCGGUUGUAGUGCGCAAAACAUCUUAAAAGUAAAGAAUGUUUACGCUCUGGUCGUUGGUGGAAGCGUCGCUACUGUUCCUGAAUGCAGUUUGUGUUUUGAGUGAAGAAAGAUUCCUGUCCAAAUAUGGUUGGGGUAUGUCGGCACAGGUGCAAGGAUUUGGGGAGCCCACAUCCACCAAAGCCCAGAUUUUACUGCUAGUACGAUCCAUACGCACAGUGGCCAAAAUUCCAUUGAUAUUUUUAAACAUAAUAGCAAUAAUAUUUAAAUUACUCCUUGGCUGACGUCACCGCAUCGAUCACUUUAUGCACUUUACUGAUGAAUAAAUGUAUCAAUUAACGAAAUGCUUGCGCCUAUGCCUUUGCUUUGAGUGACUUGAAUUUAUUCUCCAACCGGAUGGUG